CUCUUCUCUUGUUCGAAAAGGGAUUUAUUUCGACCUAUUAGUAUUAGUAUAUAAGUCGGCUGGCUAGCCUUACGAAUCUAAAGCUAGAGCUAUUAGCACUGGGGUGUAUCCGGACACUAUUGCCUACGCUAGCUUGCUGCUUGCUGGUCAGUAGCUCUAGUUGGCAUCGUUGAAUCCCGAUAGUGGCAUCGUAUAACGUUUAAUAAAUAAGAGCACGCCUGCUUUUAUUGUUUCACUCUGCUCUGCUUAUUAGUUGAGGCCUUUGUUCUCAUCUAAGCAUGUAGGGCGUGUUUUGUUUUCAUCUAAGAAAGAUGAGAUGUACAGUGCUCGCGGAGCGCACUUGCGAAGGACAAACGACGAUAUCUAAGGUCAAAAGAAUCCCUAUGUCAAAGGUCAAGAGGAUGUCUUAAUAAGUUGAGUUCCAAGAAAGCGGCCGUUCACUUCAAGAAUAGGGCUUCUUGUAGUUUUCUUUGAUUUUUAUCGGGUGUUCAGUCUACCACAAAUGAAAAAGCCUAUCGAAAAUCAUGCAUUGAAUGCCAAUCAAUCCCAUCAGACUUUUUGUUGGAAAAACCAAGGCCAAGUCUAUUCAAGUCUCUAUAUUGAUUUUCGCGAGCAGAGCAGAAUGGAAUGGAAAUUCCAAUGAUUGUUAUAGAAUUAGAAUGGCGAUUCCUCACAAUCGCUCCUUGUGAUGCUGCGGAACCAUGGCAAUUAGGAUCUCAAGACGCAGCAACACCUAUUAUGCAAGGAAUCAUUGACUUACAUCACGAUAUCUUUUUCUUCCUCAUUCUGAUUUUGGUUUUCGUAUCACGGAUGCUGGUUCGCGCUUUAUGGCAUUUCCACGAGAAAACUAAUCCAAUCCCGCUAAGGAUUGUUCAUGGAACUACUAUCGAGAUUAUUCGGACUAUAUUUCCAAGUAUCAUCCCGAUGUUCAUUGCUAUACCAUCGUUUGCUCUGUUAUACUCAAUGGACGAGGUAGUAGUAGAUCCAGCCAUUACUAUCAAAGCUAUUGGACAUCAAUGGUAUCGGACUUAUGAGUAUUCGGACUAUAACAGUUCUGAUGAACAGUCACUCACUUUUGACAGUUAUACAAUUCUAGAAGAUGAUCCAGAAUUGGGUCAAUCAUGUUUAUUAGAAGUGGAUGAUAGAGUGGUUGUACAAGCCAAAACUCAUCUACGUAUGAUUGUAACACCUGCUGAUGUACUUCAUAGUUGGGAUGUACCUUCCUCAGGUGUCAAAUGUGAUACUGUACCUGGUCGUUCAAAUCAUACCUCAAUUUUGGUACAAUGA